AUGCUGGACGUUUUUGAAUCCUUCUUGAAAGAAAACUUUUCGGCUGACGACAAUACAGUUGCCAGUGUGUUCCGGGCAUUCGAUCAGGACAAUGACCAGGUGUUGAAUCGAGAGGAGUUUGAACUGUUUAUCCAGCAGCUGUUUCAGAAGACAGCUCACAUCUAUAAUCUGACAGCUCAGCAAGUGGAAGAUGUGAGAUACCUGCUCGAUCUGACUCAACCAUCAGUUGAUCACCUCACUGUAGGGGAAUCAGUCACUUUCCAGGACAAACAAAGAGGACAGUUCAAGUUGACAUUGAACCGAAAACACUGUGUCGCGGGUACCAAGGGAGCCGAGGUGGUAAAUCAUCUGAAUAUACCCAAAGAUACUCUGCGAGUGUGCAAGGGUACAAGUGCGAUGCAUAGUGUCCGUUCGGCGUUUCGAGACGAAGCAAGGGACGAAGACACUGGUCUAAUAGCUAUGCUUCGGAAAAGAGAAAUUACUGAUCUUUACAUCGCAGGCCUCGGAUUGUCCUCUGGAGUGCGACAGACUGCGCUGGACGCAGUGACCCAUGGCUUCAGAACUGUUGUCAUCUGGGACGCCUGUUGUGAGGUCGCACAUCUACCACCCGACAGUCCAUCACGAUCUCUCGCACCACUGUUGAGCAGUGGAGUGGCAGCUGUAAUGACAGACGAAGUGGAACAGAUGUUGAACUGUAGCAACAGGAGACCCGAGUUGGGAUACGUAUCGGCUGUGAAUUAUGCAAUGGCUCUGAAGAAGCUAUCCAGGAUGAUUCCGAUAACGUCACAGGAAAAUGAGAACGAAGGAGGAGCCAGUUUGGAGGACGAGUCAGAGACUUAA